GACUUGUGACUCAGGGCAGCGGCGCCGUCUUGGUUCCCGAGGGCCUUGCAUCUUGGAAACUGUUACGCCCCUCUCUGGACAGGCAGACUCCCUGCCUGCGGUUUCCAGCCCGGGUGCUGCUUAGCCCUCAAGACUCAGCUUUGCUUCCCUUGAGCAUCCUACACACAAGCUCUGUCUCAGUGCUCGUUUGGAGCAGGGCCUGGUCAGUCCGUUUGGUCCCAGAGUCAAGUUAAGGAAGGCAGGCGUGGCCAGAGCAGCCAUGGUAGCUGAAAGGAAAGAGCGAAAGUCUGGUAGGAUCUGCUGCGGAUAGGUUAUGCUGGUAUGUGUUCGUGGAGCACCUCAGUGCCUAGUGGAUCAUAGCUCGAAUGGGGCCCCAGGUUUCUUUAGGGUGCUUGACAUGCCAGCGGAAGUUGAACUUUCAUGUGGUUAUUUCUGGGCAGUUUGGCCAGGAGGGGGUGUGUGCACUCCAGCCGAGGAACACUGGAGUGCAUCUGUAUUUACUGCCUUUUGGUCGACUGUGACUGUGUGUUUGAGGCUGAAAGUCUACUCCCUACUGCUUCCUCACUUGGUGCUAAUUUUGAUACACCCACGCAAUCAAACUUGUUUUCCUUGGAACUUUGUAAGGGCUGCCUCUCUCUUGGGGUCGUAUACCUCUACCUCCAGACAGCCUCACUUCUCCAACUUCUCUGAUGAGCAGUGGGGCUAUCGAUUUAAGGGAGGGAUCCCCCCAUUUAAGGGAGGAACCCCCCCUCCAGAACUGUACGGGAGCAGCAAGGCUGGGGACCUAGAGAGAACCAGAUAACCAUCUUCUAGAGAAGGCUGAACUGCUAGCCAAGUUCUCAGAAAAGUUGAAGUCAGAGCCAAAGGAUGUCAUCUCCAUCCCACACAAGGACUCAAGGGAGGAAGUCUCAGGGACAGGCCUUGACCAAGUCUCAUCACCAGCCUCUCUGAGGGUGAUGUGGCAGCAGGAGAAGAAGGGGCUGCAGCUGGUGUGUGGUGAGAUGGCCUAUCAGGUGGUGAAGAAGAGCGCAGCCCUAAACACCCUGCAGUCACAGCUGGAGGAACGGCAGGGCAGGCUGGAAGACCUGCAAGCCUGCGUGGUGCAGCUACAGGAGGUGCGGGCUCAGCAGUCCCGGCAGCUGGAGGAACGGGAAGCGGAGAACGCGGCACUUAGAGAAGCCUAUGAGACGCUGCUGGACCAAGCGGCGCACCAAGAGGCGGCACUGCGCAGGCUCCAGGAAGAGGCUCGCGACUUGCUGGAGCAGCUUGUGCAGCGUAAGGCGCGCGCCGCCGCCGAGCGCAAUCUACGUAAUGAGCGUAGAGAGAGGGCCAACCAGGCUCGGGUGUCCCAGGAGCUGAAGAAAGCGGCUAAGCGGACUGUGAGCAUCAGCGAGAUCCCAAACACUCUAGAAGAUGGGACCAAAGAGGAGACUGUGGCUCUAGCUCCUGCCGCUAUGCCUGAGUUCUUGGAGACUGAGACUUGUGAAAAAUGGAAGAGGCCUUUCAGGUCUGCCUCGGCCACCUCCCUGACACUGUCCCGCUGUGUGGAUGUGGUGAAGGGGCUGCUGGACUUCAAGAAAAGAAGAGGUCACUCAGUUGGGGGUGCACCUGAGCAGCGAUACCAGAGCAUCCCUGUGUGUGUGUGUACCCAAAUUCCUUCCCAGGCUCAGGAUGUCUUGGAUGCCCAUCUCUCUGAGGUCAAUGCGGUUUGUUUUGGCCCCAACAGCAGCCUUCUGGCCACUGGAGGGGCUGACCGGCUUAUCCAUCUCUGGAAUGUCGUGGGAGGUCGUCUGGAGGCCAACCAGACCCUCGAAGGAGCUGGUGGCAGCAUCACCAGUGUGGAUUUUGACCCCUCGGGCUCCCAGGUUCUGGCAGCUACUUACAACCAGGCUGCCCAGCUCUGGAAGGUGGGAGAGACACAGUCCAAGGAAACAUUGUCUGGACACAAGGACAAAGUGACAGCUGCCAAAUUCAAGCUAACAAGGCACCAGGCAGUGACUGGGAGCCGAGACCGGACAGUGAAGGAGUGGGACCUGGGCCGCGCCUACUGUUCCAGGACCAUCGACGUGCUUUCCUACUGCAAUGACGUGGCGUGCGGUGACCACAUCAUCAUCAGUGGCCACAAUGACCAGAAGAUCCGGUUCUGGGACAGCAGGGGCCCUCACUGCAUCCAGGUCAUCCCUGUGCAGGGCCGGGUCACCUCCCUGAACCUCAGCCAUGACCAGCUGCAUCUGCUUAGCUGUUCCCGAGACAAUACACUCAAGGUUAUUGACCUGCGAAUCAGCAAUAUCCGACAGGUGUUCAGGGCAGAUGGCUUCAAGUGCAGUUCUGAUUGGACCAAAGCUGUUUUCAGGCUCCUCAAAUGGCACCCUGUACAUCUGGGAUGUGAACACUGGGAAACUGGAGAGCAGCCUACAGGGACCCCACUGCUCUGCUGUCAAUGCCGUGGCUUGGUGCUUCUCCGGGAACCAUGUUGUGAGUGUGGACCAAGGCAGGAAGGCGGUGCUCUGGCACUAGUGGCACAAGUUCCCUGUAUGGGUUGGACUCUGUUCAGAAGUCAGAAGCCAGAGAACAGCUUCCCCAUGCUCAGGACUCCAGAGCUGGAGUUGGGGUCUACUGUGUGAUUCAUGUGAGGGCCAGGCAGGACCUGGCUUGUUUAAAAUCAGAGUGUGAGUUAGGAAUGACAAAUUUUAAGAAUCUAUUUGUUUACUCUCCUCAAUGUUAAAAACUGUAUCUAAGAUGUGCCUUGCCUCUUUGAAGCAUUUGAGGGUACAGAGGCACUUAAGGCUUGGCCUCUUCUUUUUCCAUAGAGCUAGGGCCUUAUAGUAGAGCUUCUGCCUGGAAGAUGGGCUGCUCCAGUCUAACCAUGGGAUAACAUGAAGAAAGGCCCAUGCAGGGGCAGCAAAGAGCAGCUUUUCAGCCAGGGAGUGGUCCUGAUGGUAAGGGUGAAUAAACUAAAGUGACAUUGGAA